AUGGAGAGGAUGAUGCUGAUCCAUUUAAAAAUUGGUUUAAAAUACUAAUCACACUAAACCAGAACCCACGCUUUAGGAAUAGGAAAAGGAUGUAGUUAAUUCUUGAUCAAAGGAGUGGCUCAAGUAGGAAAUGGCAAAUACUAAAUUGUUAGUGAUAACGAGGAUAUAGAUGAGAAAGUUAUAGACCUAUAAGAAGAUUAGUAAACACCAUAUUUACAAGCAUUUAAAUUAGAAUCAAAUAUAUUUAAUGUAGUCUCUAUCACUCCCAAUCCAGAAUCAAAUGUUUGUUUAAAGAAAAACUAGGAAAUUACACAGUUUGCUUUGGAUGCUCUUACGGUAAUUAUGAUAGAUUCAGCUUGA